GGGUAGUCCCAUUGGUUCGCUACGCUGGCGCCGAGACUAAGGUUCUGAAGCGUGAAAACGCACUGAAGCGUGAAAACGCACCGCUUGGGAGCGUCGUGGGAAACAGAAUUUGGGAGGUCCUGAAGAAGCCUGAGGAGCUAAAUAUCUGUAAAACAUGGAAAGCAUUUGAAGAAUGUUGGAAGCAUUUAAAGAAAGAUAAAGGCAAUCAGUCACUUCAUCACCAGAGACGCUCCUAGAGAGGAGGAGGAAAACAUUCCAAGCCUAGAGUCAGAAAAUGGAGUGUCUUGUGUGAGGAGCAGCAAAUAGGCAAGUGAAAUCUGAAUUAGAAUCACAGCACACAAUCAGCUGUCAUCUCUUGUGUUGCUUUCACCUAUUUACCAGGAGCCCAAGAAAAUUCUCUCAACAAUCUUUGGAAAGUUUUCCCUCCUGGGCCCUGCCUUACAUCCAGUUUGCUCCCCAGAGAGAAGAACCAGGAGUAGCAGAUGGAAGCUGCCUUCUGCAGAUUGAAACUUGGGUCUUCCUGACUUGAGGCUAGAUCUUGUUACCACUGAGCUAUGACUUUCUACUACUGUAAGGACAUUUCAAUCUCUAGCCAAAGUGGACCUCUUGGAUUAAUGGCUGUUAAGGAGACCAUCUAAGAAAUGGGUGAUAAACAACAGAUGAGGUGAAGGGGCACAGACUAAAACUAAGGACCAUUAUCCAAAAGAAAAUGAAGAUAUAGGAUCACAGAGGAUGUUAUCAACAGGGAUCUUGGGGGCUAUUGUCCAGGACCCAGAAUUUCAAGAAAGUUCUGACUGUGAAGGCAGGUUAGAACUGCAGCAAGGAAGCACAUCAGGUCACAGAAUCAGUAAAUCUCCCCAAGGGAAAUCUUUCUGGCAUGUGACUCUUUUUCCUAGCAAUGCCACUGCAGAGGAGAAAGGCCAGGAGUGCAAAGGAAUACUGGAUCUGAACUUAAAGAUUGUUCCACACUCAGGAAAUCUUUCAGGAGAAAGAGCACAGCAAAGUGAUUCUCAUAAGCACAGUCACAGACAAAACACAGUGCCUUUAAGAUAUCAGCUACCUAAUAAUGAAGAGAAACCCUCUAUAGGUGGGGAAGCUAGCAGUUGGCAUUCAGGCAUUGAUUGUACAGGAAGGAAGGACAAGGUAUAUAAAUGUGAUGAGUGUGGGAAAACCUUUGGAAGGAAAUCCUGCUUCAUUAGACACCAAAGAAUUCAUAGUGGAGAGAGGCCCUAUGAAUGCAAAGAAUGUGGGAAAGCCUUUAAUCAGAAUUCUACACUAGCUAAACAUCAAAGAAUUCAUACAGGGGAAAAGCCCUUUGAAUGUCACGAAUGUGGAAAAGCUUUCAGAACGAGUUCAUCCCUUACCAGGCAUCGGAGAGUUCAUACAGGAGAGAAACCUUAUGAGUGUAAUGAAUGUGGAAAAAUGUUUCGAGGGAGAGCAAAUCUAAUUCAUCAUCAGAGGACUCAUAGUGAAGGAAAACCCUGUGAAAGCAGAGAAUGUGGGAAAUCCUUCAUGGGAAGUUCAGGCUUAAGUAAGCAUCAGAGAAUCCAAAGUGGGGAAAAGCCCCAUGAAUGCAAACAAUGUGGGAAAGUCUUCAAAUGGAGCUCAAGCAUUAGUAAGCAUCAGAGAAUCCAUAGUGGAGAGAAGCCCUAUGAAUGCAAAGAAUGUGGUAAAGCCUUCAUACAGAGCUCAGACCUUAGUAAGCAUCAAAGAAUCCAUAGUGGAGAGAAGCCCUAUGAAUGCAAACAAUGUGGGAAAGCUUUCAUACAGAGCUCAGACCUUAGUAACCAUCAGAGAAUCCAUAGUGGAGAGAAACCUUAUGAAUGCAAAGAAUGUGGGAAAACUUUCAGGGGAAGAUCAGGCUUCAGUAAGCAUCUGAGAAUCCAUAGUGGAGAGAAGCCCCAUGAAUGCAAAGAAUGUGGGAAAGCCUUCAUACAGAACUCAGACCUUAAUAAGCAUCAGAGAAUCCAUAGUGGAGAGAAGCCCUAUGAAUGCAAAGAAUGUGGAAAAGCCUUCACAUUUAGGUCAGGCCUUAGUAAGCAUCAGAGAAUCCACAGUGGAGAGAAGCCCUAUGAAUGCAAAGAAUGUGGAAAAGCCUUCACAUUUAGGUCAGGCCUUAGUCAGCAUCAGAGAAUCCAUAGUGGAGAGAAGCCCUAUGAAUGCAAAGAAUGUGGAAAAACCUUCAGGGGAAGUUCAGGCUUCAGUAAGCAUCUGAGAAUCCAUACUGGAGAGAAGCCCUACGAAUGCAACGAAUGUGGGAAAGCCUUCACAUUUAGGUCAGGCCUUAGUAAGCAUCAGAGAAUCCAUAGUGGAGAGAAGCCCUAUGAAUGCAAACAAUGUGGAAAAGGCUUCACAUUUAGGUCAGGCCUUAGUAGGCAUCAGAGAAUCCACAGUGGAGAGAAGCCCCAUGAAUGCAAUGAAUGUGGGAAAGCCUUCAUUCAGAGCUCAGACCUUAUUAAGCAUCAGAGAAUCCAUAGUGGAGAGAAGCCCUAUGAAUGCAAAGAAUGUGGGAAAACCUUCAGGAGAAGCUCAGGCUUCAGUAAGCAUCAGAGAAUCCAUAGUGGAGAGAAGCCCCAUGAAUGCAAAGUAUGUGGGAAAGCCUUCAUACAGAGCUCAGACCUUAGUAACCAUCAGAGAAUCCAUAGUGGAGAGAAGCCCUAUAAAUGCAAAGAUUGUGAGAGAGCUUUUCGAGUGAGGUCAAGCCUUAUUGGACAUCAGAGGAUCCAUAGUGGAGCAAAACCCUAUGUAUGUGAAAACUGUGGGAAAGCCUUUAGGUGGCAUUCAAGCCUCAAUGACCAUCAGUGUUCAUGCUUGAAACAAGUCUUAUUCAUGUACUAAGUAUGAAAGUCUUAAAAGGGUGCUCACAAUCUCACCAAACAUUGGAGAAUUCAUGACUGGUGAGAAACCCAAUGAAUGUAGUGAUUGUGAGAAAGCCUUCCAUCAAAACUCCAGUCUCAUUCAGCAUGAAAAAAUUCACAGAGCUUAACUGAGUAUAGUAAAUGACAGAGAAACUUCUGAACUUCAGAAUUGUUUUGCUGGAUUCCAGAGGAAAAAAAAUUGCAGGGUCAGACUCCAUAAAUUAUUACAACUUCUGUAAGGGCAGAGAUUUUUGUCUCUUGAUUUGUUUUGUUCAGCAAGUGAGUGCAAUUCUAGAUUGGUAUCUAGUAAAUUCAUUUUCACAAUGACUCAAUAAAAUGACGUUGAGGGGAUAGUUGAAAGACACAUUUCUCUCCACCAAAUCCCCAUUCGUUUCCCUUCAGUUCCCUUUGGCAUGGCCUUUUGCUAUCACUUCUCAUCUCUACCUCUAACAUGCUCCAAUAACUGAUAAUAAUGUUAUGGCCAUGUGCUCCAUCCCAGUGUCUUCAGCUCCUUCAGUCAGCAGCAGUACCAUUUUUACAGGCUGAAGUCAUCUCCAUUUCAAAUGGUUUUCACCAUUUGUAUCUACUUGGCCUUUUUUGCAUCUACACUUAAAUGGAUGUUAUUUAUGUUAUUUUUCUAGAUAAAAUGUUAGCUCCAUGAGCAGCAGGGUCAUUUUUUUUCCAUACUUACCUGCUCUUUUUUGUGUCUGGCUUCCCUGUCUGGUUUGUAUUCCUUUUCAAUAGAGGGAUGGCUUUGGAGUCAGCGAGACUUAGGAUCAAGGUCUGCCUCUAACAUUUAGCAGCCUUGCAACUAUGGAUGAGUCCCUCAAUUCCUGGCAACUGUAAGGCAUGCAAGUUUCAUUAUUAAGCCCAUACUAAGAACCUGCUCUGUGUCAAGCAAUGGGAUAGAAUAUGAAGCUGAAAACUCCAAACAGGGACUGCCCUAGAGAAUUUCUGUUCUACUAGAGAGGGGGAGGGAACAUGUGCACAAAUAAGAUCAGUAUAAGAAAAGGGCUCUAACUAGGAGAGAGUACAAUCAUCAGAGAGGAUCUAUGAUGCAAGACAUUAAGGAAGCUAAAUUCUGAGAUGUAGAAUGAGAUGGAAGGCAGAACAGGCAUGGUACAAAUGCAUGGAAGGAGGAAAUGGAAUAUUCAGUUGAGGGAGAAGUUGAUCAGUCUGACAUGAAUGUAGAGUUCCAACAUGUAGGGGACCUGAAGGCCCUUAUAUAUUUCUUGAAUACUUGCCAAAGAUCCACCUGGAGUUCUACUUUCUCCUAAAGUUGUUGUUGUUGUUGUUGUUGUUGUUGACUACUAAAGUAUAUUUCAGAACUCUUGUAGCACUGAUUGUAAUGACUUAAGCCAUGUUUUUGUAUUACAUUAAAUUCUUUGAGAUUAA